AUGGCUGCCCCGGACGCUUCCGCGCCGCCCGCGGGACACGGCGCCGCCACCGGACGGCGGAAACGCGCCCCGCCCGCCCGCCCUCCGCGCCAGCCCGGCCCGGCCCGGACGCGGGACCCCGCAGGGCACCCGGGACUCCGCGGGGACCACAGACACCCCCACCCCCGGGACCCCGCGGGGAACACAGACACCCCACCCCCGGGACCCCGCGGGGACCUCAGACACCCCCACCCCCGGGACCCCGCGGGGACCACAGACACCCCCACCCCCGGGACCCCGCGGGGACCACAGACACCCCCACCCCCGGGACCCCGCGGGGACCUCAGACACCCCCACCCCCGGGACCCCGCGGGGAACACAGACACCCCCACCCCCGGGACCCCGCGGGGACCUCAGACACCCCCACCCCCGGGACCCCGCGGGGAACACAGACACCCCCACCCCCGGGACCCCGCGGAGGAACACAGACACCCCCACCCCCGGGACCCCGCGGGGACCACAGACACCCCCACCCCCGGGACCCCGCGGGGAACACAGACACCCCCACCCCGCGGACCCCGCGGGGACCACAGACACCCCCACCCCCGGGACCCCGCGGGGAACACAUACACCCCCCACCCCGGGGACCCCGCGGGGAACACAGACACCCCCACCCCCGGGACCCCGCGGGGAACACAGACACCCCCACCCCCGGGACCCCGCGGGGAACACAGACACCCCCACCCCCGGGACCCCGCGGGGACCUCAGACACCCCCACCCCCGGGACCCCGCGGGGACUUCAGACACCCCCACCCCCGGGACCCCGCGGGGACCACAGACACCCCCACCCCCGGGACCCCGCGGAGGCUUCAGACACCCCCACCCCCGGGACCCCGCGGGGACCACAGACACCCCCACCCCCGGGACCCCGCGGGGACCACAGACACCCCCACCCCCGGGACCCCGUGGCGACCACAGACCCCCCCACCCCCGGGACCCCGCGGGGACCACAGACCCCCCACCCCCGGACCCCUGCUGGGGCCUCGGACCCCCGCAGGGAACCCCGGGACACCGACCGCAGUCCCCCCACCCAUAUCCCUGCAGUGAACCCCGGACCCCUGCAGGGACUACAGACUCCCACCCUGACCGACCCCAGGACCCCGGGUCAUUCCCCGGGCCUACAGACCCCCCUACCCGGACCACCACGGGGCCUACAGACCCCCGCCCCCCUCUCCCUCCACAAAUCUCCACCCAGACCCCUGCAGGGACUACAGAUCCCGCCACCUGUACCACCUCAGGAAACCCCUACCACCUCUAGGACCAAAGGGGCCCCCCUGGACUUCACAGGGAACCCCGGACCACCGCGGGACCCCUCACCCAGACCCUAUCAGAACCAGAGACCCCCACCUGGACCCCACAGGGAACCCUGA